UCCUCCCAACUCCUGCUUCCGCCAGCUCCAGACCCUGGGCUAUCACUCUAGCCUUCUCCGACCUUGGAGGUGCUCAGUUCCGCAGAGCAAGCCUUGGGCUGUGUGUGAGGGAUUCCUUAGAAACGGACAUCUUCCUUCUCCUUUCCACCUCCGAAGCACCCAGGAAAAGGAAUCCUGACCGCUUGCAGGCCUUCUCAGAGCUGUCAGUCAAAAAACCCUUUUAAAGAUGAAUGAAGAAAAAUUGGAAACACCACAGAAGCGGAAACUUCCUACAUGGAUGUCUAUGCAGAAUACGACAUCUGCUGUACAAGCAGCAAAGGCAUCUGUUCAGAAGAGUGUUUUUGAAGAUGACCUCCCCUUCUUAGAAUUCACUGGAUCCAUUGUGUACAGUUUUGAACCUAGCGAUUCUUCUUUCCUAUCAGAAAAUAUUAGCAUGAGUCUGUCUGAUGGAGAUGUGGUAGGAUUUGACAUGGAAUGGCCACCAGUAUACAGUAAAGGGAAGCUGAGCAGAGUUGCACUAAUUCAGUUGUGUGUGUCAGAGAGCAAAUGUUACUUGUUUCAUAUUUCCUCUAUGUCAGUUUUUCCUCAGGGAUUAAAAAUGUUGCUUGAAAAUGAAGCAAUUAAAAAAGCAGGUGUUGGAAUUGAAGGAGAUCAGUGGAAACUUCUGCGUGACUUUAAUAUCAAAUUGAAGAGUUUUGUGGAGCUAACAGAUGUUGCCAAUGAAAAGCUGAAAUGUAGAGAGACCUGGAGCCUCAGUGGUUUGGUUAAACACCUCUUCGGUAAACAGCUUCUGAAAGACAAGUCUAUCCGCUGUAGCAAUUGGAAUAAUUAUCCUCUCACUGAGGACCAGAAACUGUAUGCAGCCACUGAUGCUUAUGCUGGUCUCAUCAUUUAUCAAAAAUUGAAAAAUUUGGAUGAGGAUGCACAGUUGUUUGCUAUAAAUAAAGAGGAAGAAAUACUAUCCAGUGAUAUGAAGAAACAAUUGGCUUCAGUCUCUGAGGAGAUGAUGGAUCUGGCUAAGCAUCUUCCAGACAGUUUCGAAAAAUUGGAAAAUCCACAGAGAGUUUCUAUACUAUUGAAGGAUAUUUCAGAAAAUCUACAUUCAAUGAGGAAGAUGAUACUUGGUUCUGCCGAGACUGAAUUGAGGCCCAGAAGGAAUUUUAACUUAUUACCAUUGGAAGAUCCACCUGCUGGUAGAGUACAACAGAAGCAAGAUAAAGAAGAUGCAAUUUUCACUAAAGUUAAAGAUGAGACAUGGGACAUACCACUUGAUAAUGUAAUUACACAUGAUGGAGAAAAUGUGUGUGGAAAUGGAGUGAAACGAGGAGGUGGAUUUGAAGAUGGACUAGAAGACGUUAACUUGAAAGAGAAUACAGAGGGAAUUUAUUUGAUGUCCUUAGGUACUGCAGAAUAUGAACUCCAAAUUUUGGAACAGCAGGCUCAGGAAAAUGACCUUAGUGAUGUUACUUGCGAAUUUCCUGAGCAUUUAUCUUCCAGUGAUAAUGAAGAGGAUACAUCUUAUAUAAUUGAAAGUGAUGAAGAUUUAGAAAUGGCAAUGCUUAAGUCUUUAGAAGACCUAAAUAGUGGCACAGUAGAUCCAAUUCAUUCAACAUGCAUAGAAGUGGAAAGAAAUCUGGAUGUUCUUUCUAAAGAAAAUGAAGAUGAGGAUGAAGCUAUUGAAAAGGAAGAAGAAGAUGAUGAAGACCAUUCAAUACCAGAACCUAAUGCAAAUCAAAUUACUUGCCUCAAGACCUACUUUGGCCAUUCCAGUUUUAAGCCAGUUCAGUGGAAAGUGAUUCAUUCUGUAUUGAAAGAAAGAAGAGAUAAUGUUGUUGUCAUGGCAACUGGAUAUGGAAAAAGUUUAUGCUUUCAGUAUCCACCUGUUUAUGUGGGCGGAAUUGGCCUUGUCAUCUCUCCUCUUAUCUCUUUGAUGGAAGACCAAGUGCUCCAGCUUGAAAUGUCCAACAUUUCAGCUUGUUUGCUGGGAUCAGCACAGUCAAAAAAUGUCCUACAGGAUAUUAAAUUAGGCAAAUACCGGAUUGUAUACUUAACUCCAGAAUUCUGCUCAGGCAACUUGUACCUAUUCCAGCAACUUGAGGCUACUAUUGGUAUCACACUGAUUGCUGUGGAUGAGGCUCACUGUAUUUCUGAGUGGGGACAUGAUUUUAGAAGUUCAUUUAGGGCUUUGGGCUCCCUAAAGGCAGCAUUCCCGUCGGUUCCAAUAGUUGCACUCACUGCUACUGCAAGUUCUUCAAUCCGGGAAGACAUUAUACGUUGCUUAAACCUCAAGGACCCUCAGAUUACCUGUACUAGUUUUGAUCGACCAAACUUGUAUUUAGAAGUUGGGCGAAAAACAGGAAACAUCAUUGAGGAUCUGAAGCAAUUUCUUGUCCAAAAGGAAAGUUCUGUCUGGGAAUUUGAAGGUCCAACCAUCAUCUAUUGUCCUUCCAGAAAAAUGACAGAACAAGUUACAGCUGAACUUAGGAAACUGGCGUUAGCCUGUGGAACAUACCAUGCAGGCAUGAAUAUUAACUCAAGAAAAGAGGUUCAUCAUAGGUUCAUGAGAGACGAAAUCCAGUGCGUCAUAGCUACCAUAGCUUUUGGAAUGGGCAUUAAUAAAGCGGACAUUCGCAGAGUCAUUCAUUAUGGUGCUCCUAAGGAAAUGGAAUCAUAUUACCAGGAGAUUGGUAGAGCUGGCCGUGAUGGACUUCAAAGUUCUUGUCACGUACUCUGGGCUCCAGCAGACAUUAACUUAAAUAGGUACCGCCUUAGUGAGAUAAAAAAUGAAAAGUUUCGAUUAUACAAAUUAAAGAUGGAGGCAAAUAUGGAAAAAUAUCUUUAUUCCAGCAGUUGUAGACGACAAAUCAUCUUGUCUCAUUUUGAAGACAAACAACUACGAAAAGCCUCCUUGGGUAUUAUGGGAACUGAAAAAUGCUGUGAUAAUUGCAAGUCCAGAUUGAAUCAUUGCUUUUCCAUUGAUGACUCAGAUGAUAUGUCACAGGACUUUGGUCCACAAGCAUUCCAGCUAUUAUCUGCUGUGAACGUGUUCCAAGGAAUGUUUGGAAUUGGGGUUUCAAUUUUAUUUCUCCGAGGUUCUAAUUCGCAGCGUCUUCCAGAUAAAUAUCGCAGUCACAGCCUUUUUGGCACAGGCAAGGAUCAAACAGAGAGUUGGUGGAAGGCCUUGUCUCAUCACCUCAUGAAUGAGGGAUUCUUGGUAGAGUCUCCUGGGCGUAGCAAAUUUGUAAAAAUUUGCCAACUUACAAAAAAGGGUAGAAAUUGGCUUUGUAAAGCCAAUACAGGAUCUCCUCCGAGACUUAUCCUUCAAGCUAAUGAAGAGUUGUGUCCAAGAAAGUUUCUUCUACCAAGUUCUAAAACUUUGUCUUCGGGCACUGGACAGCAUUCCUCUAAUCAAGUACCACUUGAAUUAACUGCAGAGAAGAAGCAGUUUAACUUGGCGAAGAUGUAUUCCUACAAAGCAUAUGAUAAAAUUUCUUCUGGGACUAACAUUCCUAAAAAAAGCAUCAUGGUGCAGUCACCAGGAAAAUCUUACACGUCCGCAGAACCUGCUAUUUCCACUCAAGAGCAGGAGACUCAGACUGUGUUAUACGGCAAAUUGUUAGAAGCUAGGCAGAAACAUGCCAAUAACGUGAAUGUUCCUCCAGCUGUUCUGGCAACAAAUAAGAUUCUUCUGGAUAUGGCCAAAAUGAGACCUACUACAGUUGAAAAUGUGAAAAGGAUCGAUGGUGUUUCUGAAGGCAAAGCUACUAUGUUGGCCCCUCUGCUGGAAGUCAUCAAACAUUUCUGUCAAAUAAAUAGUGUUCAGACAGACCUCUUUUCAAGUACAAAACCUCAAGAAGAACAGAAGAAAAGUCUGGUGGCAAAAAACACAGCAAACUCACUUUCACAGACUAUAGCCAUCACAUAUUUUUUAUUCCAAGAAAAGAAGAUGUCUUUGGAGAGUGUAGCUGAGAACAGGAAUCUGCCUCUCACAGAGGUUGGCAUGCACUUAUCCCAAGCGGUGAAAGCUGGCUACCCGCUCGAUAUGGAGCGAGCAGGCCUGACUCCAGAGGUCCAGAAGAUUAUUACGGAUGUCAUCCGAAACCCUCCCAUUAACUCAGAGUUGAAUAAAAUUAAUUUAAUUAGAAUGUUUGUUCCUGAAAACAUUGACAUGUACCUUAUCCAUAUGGUGAUUGAGAUCCUGGAAAAAGAUUGUGACAACAGACUGUUAUUCCAACCUUCAUGUGAUUCCAAUAAAAGGAGAUGUUUCCCCGACUCUGAAGAGAGCUAUUCAAGUUCUAAGAGAAGCAAGGAAGAAGAAGUAGGCCCUAAUACCAAGGUUGAUGGAAAACAUCCUUGUAAUUUUUCACUGAAGAAUGAGAGUCACGGAAAUUCGCUAACUGCUUGGAAUCAGCCUCCCAGCGAUCCAGAACUAGAAAACUUGUUUACAGAUUCUCAUUUACAGACUUCAUCUGAAACCUCAAAGAGAAAAUUACCUGAGUGGUUUGACAAAGGAAAUAAGAUCUUAGCUGAUUCCAGCAAGAAAUCAAUGGCCAAAACAAAAAAGAAGGGUCUUUUUAGUUAAGCUGGCAAUUGCCAGAAGGAUUAUGUUUCUCUAGAAAAUCCAGAGAAGUGAAAAAGAAAAUAAAAAUUACCAAUAGUUCCACCAGAUAAACAAUGGGCCGGCCCCUUUUGUGUAUCCUGCCAAAACUUCUUAUCUUCACUUCUUUUCUUAGUCUGUUACAUGAAUAAUGCAUGAAUGAAUUUUCUUUGUAAAACAUUCAAGCUAUGCCAAAAACAUCUUUCCACAGUCCCCGUAUUCCUUUUUCCUCACACCCAUUACCAGCUCUUUACUAGAAGAUAACUCCUAUUGUAUAUAAGAACUAUAGUUCUUUAGUCAUUUCUUCUGCGUUUACAUGCCUUUGCAUAUGUAUCUACAUAUGUUAUUUUUUCAACACAGGUGAGAUCACACUUUAUGCAAUUUUCUGCAACGAACUUUUUUACUUAAUAUGGCAUGAAGAACUUUUUUAUAUUGGUUUAGCUCAUUGUUUUUUACAGCAACAUAUUAUUCUAUUGUAACUUUAGUUGAUAUAAUCACUUUCCUAUUGUGAUUUUGUCAUUUUUUUCUAUUUCAGAUUGUUUCUAGAAGUAGAAUUAGAGAAGCAAACAUAUUGUUUGUUACUUAUUUCAUUUGAAUACAUUUUGAAAUUUUUUAAUGUCGUUAAAUAAUUUCCCACAGAAUCUUGUUUUGUGGCUUUAUAUAGUACAGUCAUUCUCAGAGUGUGGUCUGCAGACUGUUGUCCAGGAGUCCCUAAGACUCUUUCAGGGGAUCUGCAAAAGCAAAACAGUAUUUUCCUAAUACCAAGAUAUUUUUUGCCUUCUGUACUAUGUUGAUAUUUGCAAUGAGGGUGUAAAGCAAUAGUGAGUAAAACCACUGGUACCUUAGUGCAGAUCAAGGCAAUGGCACCAAAUUAUUGAUUUUCUUAAUUCUUAAUCCUUAAGCACACGUGAUGAAAUGGCAAGUACGCAGAAGGCAUUUAUGCUACCAAAGUAUGAUGGUCGUCUCCAGAGAAAGCACUCCUUUGAUUUGUGAACUGAGUGAAUUGCUUUUUCCCCUUUGCAAUACCAUUUCUACUGAAAAGAAUGACUAAUAGAAAACUAUGAUUGGUUAUUCAGACUUGGGUGUGUGGUGGACAUUUCUUCAAAAGUGAACAUCAGUGUCUCACUUCAGGGAAAAAUGAUGGGUAUUUGUUGCCAAUGAUAAAAUUUGAGAUUUCUAGCAAAAUUUAUAAUUUUGUAAAACUUGUGUUUGCUACCAGGAAUGUGACAGCUUCCUAUAACACAGACUUUUCUAAUGUGAUGAGUAAAGUUAUUUAUUUAUUUUUUUAUAUAAUGAUUUUUGUCAACAUUUAGAAGAUCUGCGUAACUCAGUGAACCGAUAUUUUCUGGAUGAUUAAUACAUUAUCUUAUAAAAUCAUGCACAAGUAAGAGAUCCAUUCAGAGUGCACAAUGGACCAAUGGAUUUUAACAUAGCAGUAUAUGAAAAAACGUAUUUAUAUGGUUUCAGAUUAUACACUGCAACCAAUCUUCUAAGGAACUAACAUUUGUCCAGUUUUGGGACAGUUUCAAAGAAGAAUGUCUACAAUUAUCUGGAAAGGCUAUUAAAAUACUUCUCCCUUUUCCAACUACAUAUCUGUUUGAGGUCCAACUUCCUUCAUACAUUUCAGCCAAAACAGCAUAUCAAAACAGAUUUAACAAAGAAGCAGAUCUGAGAAUCCAGCCACUUCUGUUAAACCAGACAAUGAUGCCACUUUUCUCACUAUUGUGUG